AUGCCUCAAAAAUGGAUGAGCAACGAGCAAGAGGAAUUUCUCACCUCUAUGUUGGAAGAAUUUCGCACGCGCGCCGCAGGCAAGAAAUACGAGGAGUUCUGGAAAAAAGUCAACAAAUCAUUUUUUGAGAAAUGGCCAGAGCGAAGGGCCCUCUUUGGUGACUUGCCUGCUGACCACGUCCUUACGCCAGAUCAAGUAAAAGAUUUGGCAAACACUGUGGAAAGUCGUGAACAGCAAAUAACUACAUGGUACCGUUGGCGGAAAAACCCUGCUUGCCUGGGCCGCACGAGUGGUGUUAAAGGAGCUUUGAAGUUCGACACUGUGUUAGCUGGUGGUGUGGAACUUAAGGGGACCCGCGCACCGCAAAAACUGGACAUUUACUCCUACAAAUACUAUGAAGAAAAAGUCAAGGACACCGCAGAUGCCGAAAUCAGAGUACAGAAUGUUACUCACCGCGGGCCAAAGCUGAAUAAGCGCUGUGAGGUCACGCGCCGUUUGUACUCUGAAGAAUGCGAGGACAUCAAGAAUAAGGUUGAAAGGCGUUACCAGAAGGCAAAGGCAAAGCAUGCAAAAGCACGUUUACGCCAGAAGUCGGGGAAGAUGCAAAAAAUUGACGACGCAACCAAGAUUAAGCUCGGUCCUAUGCUUGAUCGGAUCCUUAAAUACCUUGCACAUGCCACGGGUGGGUGGAAGUUCACGAUCCUUAUGGGAGGGAAGGAUCCUAGCACUGGAGAGGUGUCUGUGUUCAACUAUCAUGUUGGCGAACUUGAGAGUGGGGCACAAUUUGAUCAGACUUACGCCAAAUUUGAUGUGGUGCAGGCUGCAUUCCUAGCCUUCGUCAAAGACGCUCUCGCAUUUGAGUCGACACUGCCCCAAGACUCAGAUGCUGAGGAUGCAGAAGAUUCAUCAUCAGACUCGCAUGAAUGGUUCAGAUGA